AUGGGGAGCUAUGCCAAGGCCUUCGAGAUUCCCGAGGAGUUCCCCGCAAUCCUGCGGGAGUUCGCGAAGGAGGCCAUUCGAGAACAACCCGCCGAUAUCUACCGGUUUGGCUACGAAUACUUCGCAAAGCUUUCAUCCGUUGCGGAAAAGGACGUCAUCGUCGAACAGCCCGCCCCUGUCGAAGGUACUAUUGGCGGGGUCGACGACAGCCAACCAGGAGAGUCCAACGAUGACCUGGGCGUCAUCACACUCGGCGUGAAUGAGGUGGAAACUCAACAGACGGAAGAGGGACCGGGCGGUGGCUCCAACGACAUGUCUCAGGACGUCCUGAUGGACCGCGUCGCGUUACUUUUCCAGGAGGCGGACACAGACGGAAAUGGGACUUUAUCAAGGGUAGAGUUUCAACAGGUGCUUGAGAUGUUCGCGGCAGACAUUGGUGGCCUGUCAACGAAGCACGUGUUGAAGAUCAUGGCCGAGGCAGACAACAACGACGACGGGGUUAUCGAGUACAAAGAGUUCCUCCCGAUCGCUAUCGAACUCAUCCAGGCUAUAAUGGCGACCGAGCAGUACUCGGAGAAUAAGCUCAUACGGAAGAAACGCCAUUCGGCGAAAAUGGAUGUGGAGAACUACCUCAUGAAGGGGCUGCCACGGCACGAGCUUGAAAAUUCCAUACAGGAGAUCUUCCGCGGAGCCGACGGAGACGGCAGCGGAGCUCUGGACCGCGCGGAGUUCAUCCGGUGUCUCAAGGAGUCGGGCUUGGGCUUCACGCGACAGGAGCUCAACCUUGUCCUCACUCUCAUCGACGAAAACGGCGACGGGGUCAUUGACUAUCAGGAGUUCUUGCCUGUGUGCUUCUCCAUGAUCGUCGAGAUCCUAAGCGACAAGGUCCAAGAGAUCCCCGAGGAAGAGAUGGCACUUCGCGAGCGCGUCUACAGCAUCCUAGUUGAGGCCAACGGGGGCGACGAGCACAUGACCUCCUUGGGUGCCUCGGAGUGCCUCUACAACGCCGGGUUAGGGCUGCGGUACGUGCAGGUGCCGGCGAUCAUGUCCGCGGUCACGGUCAGCGAGGCCGGAGUGGUGGCGGCGAAGGAAGUAGCCGACGCCGUGGCGGGGGUGAUGUGCGCGCUGAAGCAGCUGGAGAGCCGACAGCACGAGAGCGCGGAAGACGAGUGCGUGACCGAGUUCAGGGCCUCGCGGCAGGCCGAGGGCUUGGCCAAGGUUGCCGGUCUGAGUGCGGACGAGUUUACGCGCAAGCUCGGAGACGAGUUUAGGGCGAAGAAAGAAGGCGACGACGAGACUUUCUCAACUAAGGACACCCUCCGUGACGUCAUGAGGGAGACCUUCCCCGAGCUAGAGGCGCGGCAGCUGCACGCGCUAGAGAGCCUGGCGGACCAGAGGGGAGACGGCCGCUGGGGCUUCGCGAACAUCGAAAAGUGGGGCUUCAGGACUUUGCAGGAGGUCCAAGACCAGCACAUUCUCUUAAAGUCGAUCAAGCCGCCGCGAGGCGGGUAA